AUGCAAUAUGAUGAAGACGAUGAUGAAAUCACCCCCGACUUGUGGCAAGAAGCCUGCUGGAUCGUUAUUAGCUCCUAUUUUGAUGAAAAGGGUUUAGUCAGGCAACAGCUGGAUUCUUUUGACGAGUUUAUUCAGAUGUCUGUGCAGAGAAUUGUUGAAGAUGCUCCACCAAUUGAUUUACAAGCUGAAGCCCAGCAUGCCACAGGAGAAGUGGAAGAGCCGCCUCGGUAUCUGUUGAAGUUUGAACAAAUCUACCUCUCCAAACCUACGCAUUGGGAAAGAGAUGGAGCACCCUCACCCAUGAUGCCAAAUGAAGCCAGACUGAGAAACCUUACGUAUUCAGCCCCCUUGUAUGUGGAUAUAACUAAAACAGUUAUUAAGGAAGGGGAGGAUCAGUUACAGACACAGCAUCAGAAAACCUUUAUAGGAAAAAUUCCUAUUAUGUUACGUUCAACAUACUGUUUGCUGAAUGGCCUAACUGACCGUGAUCUUUGUGAACUGAACGAGUGUCCGCUUGAUCCUGGUGGCUACUUUAUCAUUAACGGAUCAGAAAAGGUUCUGAUUGCUCAAGAGAAAAUGGCUACAAACACAGUGUAUGUGUUUGCAAAGAAAGAUUCGAAGUACGCCUACACAGGAGAGUGCAGAUCUUGUCUGGAAAAUUCCUCUCGACCAACGAGUACUAUAUGGGUUAGCAUGCUGGCCAGAGGUGGGCAGGGUGCAAAGAAGAGUGCUAUUGGUCAGCGCAUUGUAGCAACCUUGCCAUAUAUCAAACAAGAAGUCCCCAUCAUCAUUGUCUUUCGUGCACUAGGCUUUGUGUCCGACAGGGACAUUUUAGAGCACAUCAUUUAUGAUUUUGAAGAUCCAGAAAUGAUGGAAAUGGUCAAACCUUCUCUGGAUGAAGCGUUUGUCAUUCAGGAGCAAAAUGUUGCUCUGAACUUCAUUGGAUCAAGAGGUGCAAAGCCAGGUGUCACCAAAGAAAAGAGAAUCAAGUACGCCAAGGAAGUCUUGCAGAAAGAAAUGCUUCCACAUGUUGGUGUCAGUGACUUCUGUGAAACCAAAAAGGCCUAUUUUCUAGGGUAUAUGGUUCAUAGAUUGUUGCUGGCAGCUCUGGGAAGAAGAGAGCUUGAUGACAGAGAUCAUUAUGGCAACAAAAGACUGGAUCUUGCUGGGCCACUGCUAGCUUUCCUGUUCAGAGG